AUAUUUUUAAUGAGGAAUCAUUCCUGGAGCUAAAAAAAUCCUUUUACAUUUUCUCCUCUUUCAUGGUUAUUUAUCAUGUUUACCUCAUUUUAUUAACCCGGUCACCACAAUGUUAAAAAAUUCUGGUUUUACUAUCAGUCUGUCUACCCACAAUGUACACACUCUCACACUCACACACCACACACACACAGUGCACCUCUAGGGGGACUCCAGACUCCAGCGGAUCGUAGCAGCGCGUGAAGAAGCAUGAAGACGAACGUGACUGGAAGAGCGGCGUGCGCGAGAAUAAUGUAACCAUCGCCCAGCCACAGUCACUCUCCCGCGGACCAGCGACACACUUCCACUCCGCGCUUUCGCUCCUGGAGCUGCUGAUUCAUGGGUGCUUUCGACUCAGGUGGCUGAGAGAUGCAAAGAUCUUGGCAGUAUACGAGGAUUUUCUGUUGACCCUGUGUUUAAGUGGGUGUCCCGAAACUCAACCAACCCUGUACUCAAAAAGAUGCUGGUAAUAUUAUCUGCUAACAAUAGAGUAAAUGCAGUGCCUUGCUAAAGAGAGCCGUGCCGCCACACAAAGGGGAAGCCACACAGAAUGUCUUGGGUCAAUGGCUUUAAAGCUGCAAGAGUGGACAACCACAAGACAGCAUGGGGUGAACGCAACGGUCGAAAAUCAAGGCGUAAAAGGGGCUCCUCCUUGUGCAACCCACGCUACAUGAGCUGUCUACGGGACCCCGAGUCCAUGGAAGCCCCAUCACAACAGUACUCCCGUGCAGCAGGGGGCGCCACCAGCAGCAACUUCAGCACACGCUGCGUUUGGCAGGAAGACCAUUACGGCAGGAAGGGCGAUGUUGGUCUGAGAGCCGUGGAUUUGGCCUUUGAAGAUGCUGAGACAAGGCAAACAAAAAACGGGGACGACCCUGAUGAAGGCGGGGUGGAGAGGAAGGGUCCUGACAGGUGUUUUUUCACUUGCUUAUUGCGUCUGGCACACAUUUUUCAGUCCAAAAAGUUCAAGUCAGCCAAACUGGAGCGACUGUAUCAGCGGUACUUCUUCAGACUCAAUCAGAGCUCUCUCACAAUGCUGAUGGGGGUUUUAGUUGUGGUUUGUGGGGUCAUGCUGGCGUUUCACUGUGUCCAGGGUCCCCCAGAUGUGGCGUACGCUUCAGUGCUUUCUGUAGCCAUGGGCCUGUUUUUGACUUUGAUGGUGGUGUGCAACAGAAAUGGCUUUCAUCAGGACUACAUGUGGAUUGUGAGCUACUUGGUGAUGGGGGUGCUGGUGGUGGUGCAGGUGUUUGGCCUGUUGAUGGUGGAUCCACCCAGCAUGCCUGAAGGGAUCUGGUGGACCGUUUUCUUCAUCUACAUCAUUUACACGCUGCUGCCCGUGCGAAUGAGGGCCGCUGUGAUCACUGGAGCUGUGCUGUCCACCAUUCACAUCGUUAUGGCAUGGAGAUUCAACCUUGAGGACAGCUUCCUUUACAAACAGUUAUGUGCCAAUGCGAUGAUUUUCCUGUGCACCAACAUCAUUGGCAUCUGCACGCAUUACCCAGCAGAGGUGUCUCAGAGACAGGCCUUCAAGGAGACCCGAGGAUACAUCCAGGCCAGAAUCCACCUUCAGAGAGAGAACCAGCAGCAGGAGCGCCUGCUGCUCUCUGUGUUGCCAAGGCAUGUUGCCAUGGAAAUGAAGGCCGACAUCAACGCCAAGAAAGAGGAUAUGAUGUUCCACAAGAUCUACAUCCAGAAACACGACAAUGUCAGUAUCCUGUUUGCGGACAUUGAGGGCUUCACAAGUUUGGCGUCUCAGUGCACCGCUCAGGAGCUGGUGAUGACCCUUAAUGAGCUUUUCGCUCGCUUCGAUAAAUUGGCUUGGGAAAACCACUGUCUGCGGAUCAAGAUCCUGGGGGACUGUUAUUACUGUGUGUCUGGGCUUCCGGAGCCGAGGGCCGAUCACGCGCACUGCUGUGUGGAGAUGGGAGUGGACAUGAUCGAGGCCAUCUCGUUGGUUCGAGAGGUGACCGGGGUGAACGUGAACAUGCGUGUGGGGAUUCACAGUGGUCGUGUGCACUGCGGCGUCCUCGGCCUACGCAAAUGGCAGUUUGAUGUCUGGUCCAACGACGUCACUCUAGCAAACCAGAUGGAGGCGGGAGGCAAAGCAGGGCGGAUCCACAUCACCAAAGCCACACUGCAGUAUUUAAAUGGUGACUAUGAAGUGGAAGCAGGUUUUGGAGGGGACAGAAACGCAUACUUGAAUAACAACAACAUCGAGACGUUUUUUGUACUGGGCUGCAGUCAGAAAAGGAAAGAGGAAAAGGCUAUGAUGGCUAAGAUGCAGCGCGCCAGAGCCAACUCUUCAGAGGGUCUGAUGCCUCGGUGGGUUCCUGACAGAUCUUUCUCCAGGACUAAAGACUCCAAAGUCUUCAGGCAGAUGGGCAUAGAUGAAGCCUCCAGCAAAGAUAACCGCUGUGCCCAAGAGGCUCUGAAUCCUGAGGACGAGGUCGACGAGUUUUUAGGUCGUGCCAUCGACGCUCGCAGCAUCGACCAGCUGCGAAAAGACCACGUCAAGAAGUUCCUACUCACAUUCCAGACACCUUUACUGGAGAAAAAGUAUUCCAAAAAGGUGGAUGAUCGUUUUGGAGGUUAUGUGGCCUGUACCCUCCUCGUCUUCUGCUUCAUAGUUUUUAUACAAAUCGUCAUAUUUCCGCAUACACCAUUAAUGCUGGGCUUGUUCAUCACCAUCUUUAUUAUUCUCGCCCAUGUGCUCUUUAUAUGUGCCAUUUACUCCUGCGUUAAGCUCUUCCCAGUUACCUUGCAGACAGUGUCAAAAAGGAUUGUUCAGUCUCGUAUUAACAGCACGCUGGUCGGAGUCUUCACAAUUCUGCUUCUCUUCAUCUCUGCCUUCGUUAAUAUGUUUACCUGUGACCGGACCGAUAUGCUAGCAUGUGUGGCCGGACAUCUGAAUAUCUCUGAAUCCGUCACACUGUGCCUGCUGUAUAACCUGAGCGGACUGGCAGAGGAUCCUUUCUUCCUGUGUCUCGAUCAGCCUUCAGCCUGUCCUUUACCCGAGUAUUUCACAUACAGUGUGCUGCUGACUCUGCUGUGCUGCUCCGUGUUCCUGCACAUCAGCAGUAUAGGCAAGCUGGUGCUCAUGCUCUUCAUCCAGAUCUGCUUCCUGCUGCUAAUCGAGUGGCCUCUAGUCAGUCUGCUGGACAACGCUGACCUGCUGGACACCGUCGAUGCACUGUACGCUUUCAACGAAACAAAUUAUUGUCAGGAAACGGUGACUAAAGUGUCUCUGAGGGUGUCGAUUCCUGUCAUCCUCACUGUAUUUGUCCUGGCUCUCUAUCUGCAUGCACAGCAGGUCGAAUCCACCGCACGCCUCGACUUCCUCUGGAAACUUCAGGCCACUGAAGAAAAAGAGGAGAUGGAAGAGCUGCAGGCCUACAACCGUCGUCUUCUUCACAACAUCCUGCCCAAAGAUGUGGCUGCUCACUUCCUCGCCAGAGAGCGCCGAAACGAUGAGCUUUACUAUCAAUCCUGCGAAUGUGUGGCUGUUAUGUUUGCGUCCAUCAGCAACUUCUCUGAGUUUUACACUGAGCUCGAAGCCAACAAUGAGGGUGUUGAAUGCCUGAGACUGCUAAAUGAGAUCAUCGCUGACUUCGAUGAGAUCAUCUCUGAAGAGAAAUACAAGCAGCUAGAGAAGAUCAAAACUAUUGGUAGUACUUACAUGGCCGCAUCUGGAUUGAACGAUUCAACGUACGACAAAGAGGGCCGAACACACAUUCUGGCUCUGGCUGACUAUGCCAUGAGGCUGCGAGAACAGAUGAAGUACAUCAAUGAACACUCAUUCAACAACUUUCAAAUGAAAAUAGGUUUGAACAUUGGGCCAGUGGUUGCUGGUGUGAUUGGAGCCAGAAAGCCUCAGUAUGACAUAUGGGGUAACACGGUGAAUGUGGCCAGUCGCAUGGACAGCACAGGUGUUCCUGAUCGUAUCCAGGUGACCACAGAUUUGUACCAUGUCCUAGAAAGUAAGGGCUACCAGCUGGAAUGUCGUGGACUGGUAAAAGUGAAGGGGAAAGGAGAUAUGACCACUUACUUCCUCAACAGUGGUCCUGUCUGCAGUUAACACUGACCAAAUGCUUCUCCAUGCACUGAAAUGCAGAAAGGACGACUCAAGACUCUAAAUGGCAUUUGAGCAGAACCAAAUAUAGAACCACUCGCGAACAAUGACGUGGUAUUUAUAUAUGCACCUAUUGGGAAUAAUGAAGUACGCUCUAUCUGGAAGACUGAAUAAAGAACUGUUGCCUUAGAAGGAGAGGAUUAUGAAGAAAAAGCCGUUUUUUUAUUAUUAUUAUUUUGUGGAAAGACUUCUUCCAUACCAAAAUUUGAAUUCUUUAUUUAUUUUAACAGGUUUUAAACUGUGUAAAUAAAAAAAAGGUUAUAUAUGCAAGCAACAAAAAGCAAGAAGAAGCUGACCAAAGAACAAAGUAUAUGAAAUAGGAACUCUCUAACCAAGUGAAACUGUUUGAAAUGUCUGAAGUGUUAUUCAUUUUUGUCACACUCUAUUAUAAACACUGAAGCAAAAAAUACAUCUGUCUUCAUCGAAGGCCUUAGAAACAAGAACUUUAAUUCCUUGUAUUUCCAGUUUAUGUGAUUUAUGAGCAAUCAACGUUUUCCUUUUCAGUAUUUAUGUAAAAAAAAAUGAAGGACAAGAAUGGUACUGGACAAUUUUACUUGGUCGUUGGUUUGUUUAUACACUCACUGGCCACUUUAUCGGGUACACCUGUCCUACUGUUCAUUAACGCAAAUUUCUAAUGAGGCGAUCACAUUGCAGCAACUCAUGCAUUUAGGCAUGUAGACAUGGUCCA